GUGGAAACGGGAUGGAAGGGUUGCCGGACAGAAACAUUUCUCCGCGGGCGAAGAGAAAAGCUUUGGAAAAAGCUAAAAUUGUUCAACGGGAACGAGACCGGACUAUUUUCAGGCUGGUCGGUCGAGUGCUGAAGAAGCCGGAAGCUGAGCGGUCAAAGGAGGAGGCCGCUGCGCUGCUGCAGCACCGAGAAACCGUGGAUGAAGUCAGCAAGAGACAAAUCCGCAGGAAUGUUCUGAAGAGGAAGCAGGAGGAGGUGUUUGAUGAUGCUGAUGAGAUCAAACAUAAAGUCAAGCACCUCGCUGAGGCAUUCAGGGAAGCAAAGCACCUGGUGGUUUACACGGGAGCUGGUAUCAGCACGGCAGCUUCUAUCCCAGAUUACAGAGGUCCUAAUGGGGUGUGGACGCAGCUGCAGAAGGGUCGGACCAUAAGCUCAUCAGACUUGAGUAAAGCUGAGCCAACACUCACGCACAUGAGCAUCAGGAUGUUGCAUAAGGAGAAGCUGGUGAAGCAUGUUGUGUCGCAAAACUGCGAUGGACUUCACCUGCGAAGUGGUCUACCUAGACAUGCUCUGUCUGAGCUCCAUGGGAACAUGUUCAUUGAGGUGUGCACGACUUGUUCGCCAGUCAGGGAACAUGUGCGUUUAUUUGACGUGACGGAGCGGACGUCGCUGCACCGCCACGCGACAGGCCGCAGAUGCAGCCACUGUGGUGCUGAACUGAGGGACACGAUAGUGCACUUUGGGGAACGUGGGACUUUGGAGCAACCUCUGAACUGGAAGGGAGCAGCAGAGGCUGCUAAGAAGGCAGAUGUUAUUCUCUGCUUGGGCUCCAGUCUGAAGGUGCUGAAGAAAUACGCUUGUCUGUGGUCCAUGAACAGACCUGUGAACAAAAGGCCAAAACUCUACAUCGUUAACCUCCAGUGGACCCCAAAAGAUGAUCUAGCUGUGCUGAAAAUCCAUGGCAAAUGUGAUGAUGUCAUGAGUCUUCUAAUGGAGGAGCUGAACAUUCAGAUUCCUGAUUAUGACCGGGCCCAGGACCCAAUCUUCUCUCUAGAAACUCCUCUUCGUCCAGAAGAGGUCAAAAGUCACUCUCGGGAGGUCCUGGCUUCCCCUGAGGGGCAGGACGACGUCGAAGCAGCGGAGCAGCUGGAGGAAGCCCCAUCUGUGCAGGGUGGCUGGUUCGGUCGAGGCUACAGCAAAGGAAGGGGGAAAAAAAGAAAGAAGCUGCAUACCUGAGGAAACGUUAUUGACUCCAUGACU